UAUUUAAAAUGAUAAAUUUUUUAAAACUAUUUAAAAUAUUAAAAAUUAAUAAAUAAACAAUUUUUUUUUCUGAUUUGCCGGUUAGUUUAUAAACUCUCGAGUUCGGUCAAUCCAUUUUGUUGGGAUUCGAAUUUUUUAAAUCCAAAUCAGAAAAUAUAGACUGAUUCGGGAGAUGAUUGCUAGACAUCACGGUGCAUUGGAUAUGUUUACGUGUUUUAUGUAUUAUUUUGUUAGAUUUGAUUUUGUAUAACUUUGAUCUGUUCCUUAUUUGAUAUUUAUCAUAUAUUAAACGAAAAAUUGUUCUUAUGCUCUUUCAACAUGACUAGAAGCAUUUAAGUGAAGAAAAAACGUUCAUGUUAAACGGAGAAGGACCAUGGAAAUGAUGUAUACUGAUGUUAUUCAGGCACUCCGAGCCAAGGGCCUCGAGGAGGAUCCGAGAAACUAUUUAACUUUCUUCUGCCUCGGAAACCGGGAGGUGAAGAAGGAAGGAGAGUACGAACCUGCCGAGAGACCAGACCCGGACACAUAUUAUAUCCGGGCACAAGAAGCACGUCGCUUCAUGAUCUACGUUCACACCAAAAUGAUGAUCCAGAUCAAUGGAUGGUGCGAGAGACUCCGAGAUAGCGAUAGGAGGAUACCAACCGUAUCACUUAUCGACGAGACAGCCAGCUCGGGGUCAGAUCCAUGGGUUCCGGAUGUCGUUAUAUGGUACGAACACCUGGGAAUGCCUGACGAAACUUUCCUCGACCCGUCGAGCGAGGAAUGCAUCCAGAAAGUUAACCGUGUUGCUGACAAAUACUGGGAUCUCUACUCGAGCGAGACGCUCGAGCAUGACCUCCCGGGCCACCUUCUCCGCUACCCCGUCGGGGUUUCCAGCGAAGGGACCGUCACAGAGCUUCCGGUUGUCGAGUUCUUCCCCGACACCAAGGCUCGUGUUCUCGGCGCCAAAUCCGACUACAUGCCGCCCAUCCUAACGACCUGAAGCGUUCUUUCUGAAAAAUGAUAUAGAAAUUGGUAUCCAUAGUCAGCAUUGGAACGUUCAAAGCUAAUGUAACGUUUUCACUUUUUAGUCGUUGAGGCGAAUCACGGCGUUUCUUACUUCGAAAACUUUGUUAGGUCGAGUUGCGAAACUAUUUUUAUUAAAUGAAUUAUACCAUAUCAUUUUAAAUUACCAUUUUCAAAAUUUCCUUUUAGCCAUUCGAACUUACCACAUUCACAAUUUUUAUUCCAUAUUUAUUUCAAUUUUCUCGUUUUCCAAAAACAAAUGUUUUGUAUAUAUAUUACAAAAAGAGAGCCCUUUUUCCAAAAAAAAAAAAAAAAAGAAUCCAAUAGUUGUACUAUGACCAGUCUCUCUGCUACAC